UUGAGUGGAUUCCCCACAAUCCCAACUUUCUUCUGUAGAGACAGGCUCAAAGAGAAUUGAUCAAUUGAAAAUGGGUAGCCUUGAAACUGAGAGAACAACUACGGGAUGGGCAGCCAGAGACCCAUCAGGGACCUUGUCUCCUUACACUUACACUCUUAGGAACACAGGUCCAGAUGAUGUUUUUGUCAAGGUUAUCUGCUGUGGAAUCUGCCACACUGAUCUUCAUCAAGCCAAAAAUGAUCUUGGCAUGUCAAACUACCCGAUGGUUCCUGGGCAUGAAGUGGUUGGUGAGGUGGUGGAAGUGGGGUCAGAUGUAACCAAGUUCGCAGUUGGAGAAAUUGUUGGCGUUGGUUGUGUUGUUGGAUGUUGCAGGAACUGCCGAUCAUGCGACACAGACAAUGAACAAUACUGCCUCAAGAAGAUCUGGUCGUAUAAUGAUGUCUACACUGAUGGCAAACCCACUCAGGGUGGCUUUGCUGGCUCCAUGGUCGUUGAUCAAAAGUUUGUGGUGAAAAUCCCUGAUGGAAUGGCAGCGGAACAGGUGGCACCACUGUUAUGUGCUGGGGUGACAGUUUACAGCCCGCUGAGGCACUUUGGUUUAAUGGGGAGUGGGUUAAGGGGAGGGAUAUUGGGUCUCGGAGGAGUAGGGCACAUGGGGGUGAAGAUGGCAAAAGCCAUGGGACAUCAUGUAACUGUUAUAAGCUCUUCUGAUAAGAAAAAAGUAGAGGCCUUGGAGCAUCUAGGUGCUGAUGAGUAUUUAGUCAGUUCUGACACUGAAGGGAUGCAAAAGUCUGCUGAUUCCCUUGACUAUAUCAUCGAUACUGUGCCUGUUUUUCACCCUCUUGAACCUUAUCUCACAUUAUUGAAAGUCGAUGGAAAGCUGAUCUUGACAGGUGUUAUUAACACACCUCUUCAGUUUGUUAGCCCCAUGAUCAUGCUUGGGAGGAAGUCAAUUACUGGGAGCUUCAUCGGGAGCAUGAAGGAAACAGAGGACAUGCUUAAGUUAUGUAAAGAGAAAGGUUUAACCUCAAUGAUUGAAGUGGUGAAGAUGGAUUACAUCAACACAGCUAUGGAGAGGCUUGAGAAGAACGAUGUUCGAUACAGGUUCGUCGUGGAUAUUGCCGGAAGCAAGCUUGAUCAAUAGGGGAAAAAGGAAACUUCUUUUUCUAAACAUUACAUAUUUCAUCAACAAUUAAAAGAGUGACUGUGUUUUACGCGUGUCAGCUGUCUCUGUUUGUUGUUUAAAUGAAACGAGUAUGAAUUCCUUGUUUCUCUGCCUAUGGGAAUAAAAAUGAAAAUGAAUAUGAGGUGUUAUCUUCCUCCU